AUGAUGGAUUUUCGUCUUGAGCAGCUAAACUCUGGCGCUGACGGCGCUCAUGUCCUCGUCUCAUGGCUUGGCAUGCGCUUCUCCGUGUCCAUCGACGUCGACUCCCCAGCCUCCCCCCCCUCCUCCUCCCCCACGCCCUCGCAGCGUCUAUACCACCUCAUCCGGCGACUGCAGGACGAUGCCCUCACCGACGACGACUACGACACCGCAUCCCAGGCCCUCUUCUCGCAGAUCCUCGCCGCCGGCGAGCCCCUCCUCCGCAGCAUCGCCCGCGACCGUCGCCCCGCCUCCUCGCGUCUCGCCGACCACCUCUUCCCGCCCAUUCCCCUGCUGCGGCUCGGCUCCUCCUCCUCCUCCGCGCUGGAAGUCACCCCAUCCGCCAACGCGUAUUUCCCCUCCCCCCUCCGGCACGCCCACCCCGGCGCCCACGACCUGCCCUUCGCCGUCGACCCGUCCCUGCCCGCCUACCGCGUCGACCAGGUCCUCGUCCUCGAAUCCCUCGUGCACGAUCCCCUCGCCGAGCACCUCGCCUGCCGCGUCCUCCUCCUCCCCUCCCCCGGUGAGCAGCUCUUCUGCAAGGCCGAGCGCGGCGGCAUCGCCUUUGGCGACUCCGUCGUCGGCCGCGACUUUCGCACCAUGCUCGACCUCCGCGCCGCCCUCCUCCGAGAAGCCCCCGCCACGGGUGGUGAGAUUCGCGUGCCGGCGCUGCGCGGCGUCCUCAGACACCCCGAGGAGGGCCACGUGGUCGGCUUCCUCCGCGACUGGGUGCCCGGCGCGAGCCUCGCGGCGCGCGAGAUGGCGGCGGUGCCGGCGGCGCGGCGAGCGAGGUGGGACGCGCAGGUGGCGAGCACGCUCAAGGGGCUGCACAGGCUGGGGUGUUUUUGGGGCGCAGCGGACAAGAGGAGCGUCAUCGUGGACGAGCGCGGCGAGGAUGCCUGGGUGGUGGACUUUGGGGGCAAGGUGAACCUGGGGCUGGCGCGCGAGGUGGGCGACAGGGAGGAGGGCGACUGGAUCGAUUAUGAUGAGGUGUGUCGGUACCUGGGGACGGGUGAUGAGGAGGAAGGCAAGGAGGAGGGAGGGUCGGAUCACGGCUCGGGGGAUGGAAAGGGAGGCUGGUAUGCAUGCUGA